AUGAACGAUUUUUAUGUAACUUUACCGUCUUCCGUCAAAAAUGCUCAAUUUGAAAAUACAUCUUCUCGUUAUGUUACGCGUCUUCCGCAAGUUUUGCAUUUGGAAAAAGACGAAUACUCCGUAGCGGUAACAGAUAUUAUUUACCCAUAUUCGUUUGUAAAUCUUGGUCGACCUCUCAACUAUUGGAUUCAUUUCAAAAAUAGAGAACCAAUCAAUGUUACCUUUCCUGCGGCACAGUAUGACGACCUACCGCACGUGGUAAAUUCACUAAACGGUGUUCAAAAGCCUCGAAUGAAGCGUGGUGCACCGUUGAUUUUGGAAAAUGAGCAAGUAAAACGACCAAAAUCGGACGAACCAUUAAGCGAAAGAGACGUAAUUAUCAACAAGAUUCGGGAACUGGAAGCAAAAGCCAAAAAAGACGAGGAGGAGAGGAUUGCUCGAGAAAAGGAAGAAAAGAAUAAACAACGUGAAAAACAUUUGGCUACUCAUAAAAAGGCUGAAGAAUUUGCUAAAAAGGUUCAGACUGAUAAAGACGAACAGCGUGAGAAGCAUCUAGACACUCAUAAAAAGGCUGAACAGAAUGCGCAAGACAAUCAAAAAUACCAUGAUGAAGAACGGAAAAAACACAUUGAGACACAAAAAAAGGCGGAGGAAAAUGAAGAGAAACGUCGUGCUAAAGAAAAAGCCGAUCGGGAUGCUCACGUAGCACGGCAUAAGCAAGCUGAAGCAUUGGAAAAGAAAAAACGUGAACAAGAGGAAAAACAGAAAAACGAGGAUCGUGAACGUGCCACGCAAAAAGAGCGCCGUGAACACAUUGAACGACAUCGACAAGCUGAGGCAAGAGCUAAAGCUUUGGAAAAGGAAAAACAUGAACAAGAGGAAAAGCAGAAGAAGGAAAAUCUCGAACGUGCCGAAAAAGAACGCCACGAUCACAUUGAACGUCAACGGCAAGCUGAGGCAAGAGCUAAAGCUUUGGAACAGGAAAAACAAGAGGAAAAACAGAAAAACGAGGAUCGCGAGCGUGCCACGCAAAAAGAGCGCCGUGAACACCUUGAACGACACAGACAAGCUGAGGCAAGAGCUAAAGCUUUGGAAAAGGAAAAACACGAACGUUUACAACAGGAAGCUAAAGACAAAGAAGAUGAAAGAGCCAGGGAUAAAGCAAGAAAAGAUGCAAAGGCUAGAGAAGAGGCUAAAUCAAGAGAAGAUGUAAAAGCUGAAAAAGUUGCGAUUGAUCCGAAACAGGUUGUCAACAUACCUGGAAAGGUUUACGCUAGUCAGGAGGCUAAAAAAAUUAUCGAAAAGGUAAACGAGCUUGAAAAACAGGAAAGGGACAAGAUUGUGUCAAAAGUUAGGGAAUCGGAAGCAAUUGAAAAGGAAGCAGUUCGAGCAUCUUCAGAGUACCAUGAUGUUGCUUUGAAAAUUUUUCAAAAACCCAAUGAUAGAAACAUUUAUGAUGAAUUGAAACUAUCCUUUGAGCGAAUCCGAUCAAGGAUAAAAGUUUCGCACUUUGAAAACUCUUCAGACUAUCUGCAAUUUGGAGAAAAGGACGGAAGAGUUUCCAUUGAUUUUUUAGAUUCAAACAUUUUAUUUGAGGAAUUUGAAAAGUCUUGUGCAUAUUUUCUCGGAUUUCACGAUACAAUUGUUAGAGAAUCCAGCUUGGCACCUAGCAAAAUUGAUUAUUUCGGUAACGUUAGCACAAUCUAUCUUUAUUGUGAUAUUGUAGACCCUAUAAUCGUGGGAGAUUCUAAAAAUUCGCUACUGUCUGUAAUUCCCUGUAAAGGAAAAUAUGGUGAAAUGAUUCAUCAUACUAUUCCUCACCCCCGUUAUCUUCCUAUUAUGAAUAGCACUAUAGAUUCCAUAAAGAUUGAAUUGUUGUCUGAAUUUGCCGAACCAAUAAACUUUAAUUGGGGAAGCACUGUUAUUGUAUUGCACUUUAAAAAGAUUUAA